AUGAUGUACAUUCAACUCAGCUCUGUCCUCGCCCUCUGUGCCGUUCUUUUGAUGGCCAUUGCCGCUCCAGUCGAGCCUCGUGAUGCUCGGUCUGACCUGCCACCGUGCACACCUAAAUGGAACUUCAAGCCUGGUCUUCCACCAUUCUUCUCCGUCAACCCGAAGGGAAAAAAUGAGCGCCUUGUUGUCGAUCACCGACCAGAAUGA